AGCACAGUAAGGUACUAGACCUAGGAGGAAAUGUAUCGUGCUAGAACUAUGUUCCUGUGUCACACUGUUGCAGUAGCAGUUGGUCUCCUUAUAUGUCUUCUAUUUGGAACCACAAAGGCAGUUGUUGAUGAAUGUCAAGCAACACCGGUCAUUCACUUUCUACAAUAUCCAGGAUGUGUACCAAAACCGAUUCCUAGUUACGCAUGUAGAGGACGUUGUAGUAGUUACCUGCAGGUGUCGGGAUCAAAAAUUUGGCAAAUGGAGAGGAGCUGCAUGUGUUGUCAAGAAAGCGGCGAAAGGGAGGCCAGUGUAUCCCUGUUUUGUCCAAGGGCUAAACCGGGAGAGAAAAAGUUCCGAAAGGUAAUUACCAAAGCGCCUCUGGAGUGCAUGUGCAGGCCGUGUACCAGCGUGGAAGAGUAUGCAAUUAUCCCACAAGAAAUUGCUGGAUUUGCCGACGAAGGUCCAUUUACAACAUCUGCUCAUUUCAGAAGGUCAUCCGACUUACAAUAA